AUGCCUUCCGCGACCGGCUCCAGCUGGGAAAAGUACCAGAAGAACUUUGCCGACGAUGAGGUAGAAGAGAAGAAAAUCACACCUCUUUCUGACGAGGAUAUCCAAGUACUCAAGACGUAUGGCGCCGCUCCAUAUGGAACCGCCCUCAAGAAACUCGAGAAGGAGAUCAAAGACAAACAGCAGAGCGUCAAUGAGAAGAUUGGCGUGAAAAUACCGGACUCGCACCACCACAUCUAUGGGAUGUCGCCGCCGACCGUCAACGCAUAUGAGAAAGGCGACGAGUCGAAGAGCAAAUAUGUUAUCAACGUUAAGCAAAUCGCAAAGUUCGUCGUUCAACUUGGCGAGCGCGUCAGUCCGACAGAUAUCGAAGAAGGCAUGCGAGUGGGCGUCGACCGCAACAAGUAUCAGAUCAUGCUGCCGCUACCGCCCAAGAUCGAUGCCAGCGUUACCAUGAUGACAGUCGAGGAAAAGCCGGAUGUGACCUAUGGCGAUGUCGGUGGCUGCAAAGAACAGGUCGAGAAGCUGCGGGAAGUUGUCGAGAUGCCAUUGCUCUCGCCAGAGCGAUUCGUGAACUUGGGUAUCGACCCUCCCAAGGGUGCCUUGCUGUACGGGCCCCCAGGAACAGGCAAGACACUUUGCGCGAGAGCCGUUGCCAACAGGACCGAUGCUACCUUCAUCCGAGUCAUUGGUUCUGAGCUCGUGCAGAAGUACGUCGGUGAGGGUGCGAGGAUGGUGCGCGAGCUGUUCGAGAUGGCGCGAACGAAGAAGGCCUGUAUCAUCUUCUUCGACGAGAUUGACGCCGUGGGUGGUGCCCGUUUCGACGACGGCGCCGGUGGAGACAAUGAGGUCCAGCGAACAAUGUUGGAGCUCAUCACACAGCUGGACGGUUUCGAUGCGCGAGGAAAUAUCAAGGUCAUGUUCGCCACCAACAGACCCUCGACUCUCGACCCAGCUUUGAUGCGUCCCGGUCGUAUCGACCGCAAGAUCGAGUUCUCCCUACCUGACCUCGAAGGUCGUGCAAACAUUCUCCGAAUCCACGCCAAGAGCAUGUCCGUCGAGCGCGACAUUCGAUGGGAGCUGAUCUCGCGUCUCUGCCCCAACAGCACAGGUGCCGAGCUUCGAAGCGUGUGCACUGAGGCCGGCAUGUACGCCAUCCGUGCGCGGAGGAAGGUAGCGUCGGAGAAGGACUUCCUCAGUGCUGUCGACAAGGUGAUCAAGGGUAACCUCAAGUUCAACUCGACAGCGACGUACAUGCAAUACAAUUAA